AUGUCGAAUCUCAACGUCGAUCGCACACGCAUUGCCAUCAUCGGUGGUGGUCUCGCCGGAACGGCUUUGGCCAACGCUCUCCUGCGAAUGACCCAUCUUGAAGUGCACAUAUUCGAGGCAUAUGCUUGCUUUUCAGAGCGAGGCGCCGCUAUUGGCCUCUCUAGCACCGCACAAUCCGCGUUGAAGCAUAUAAUUCCCUCGGCUGAUAAGCUCUUGGCCAAAGCUGGGGCUGUCCCCAUGAAUACUACCCGGACCAUGAUUGGCUCGGGCGUAGGAGCAGGAUCGUUAGUCCUUGACCUCGCGCGCACGAAUCAGGGCAAGGUUGUUCAUCGAGGGUCCCUGCUCCACGAGCUUGUGUCCGGGUUACCCUCCAGCAUGCUACAUACGGGAAAGAAACUAAAGGAUAUCAGGCCAAGUGAUAAUGGGGUCGAACUAACCUUCGAAGAUGGAUAUACAGCCAGGUUUGAUGCAGUCAUUGGUGCGGAUGGUAUAUUCAGCAGGGUCCGCGAGUAUGUCACUCAGGAUCCUGCCGGAGUGUACGCUGCAUCGCCGGCAGGCUUUUGGGACUGCAGAAAUGUAGUUGAAGUUGAGAAGGCCAGGGAAAUGCUCGGAGAAGAUUUCUUUCGCGUGAAUCGUCAGUAUGGAUGGAUUGGCGCGGGGGCUUUCAUCAUGCAUGAUGUCCUGGAUCACGGACACAAGAUUCAGUGUGUAAUCUCGGGCUUGGAAACAAAAGAUGCCAGAAAUAGGGGUACUCCUUUAUCGAGGGACUACUUGAACUUGGUGUUAAAAGAUUGGCUCGACGGUCCCAUCGCGAAGGGUAUCAUAGAUCUCGUACUUGACCAGGACAACCCACAACGCUUCUCACAGUGGGAGCACAAGGCAACACCAACAUACAGUAACGAGAGGGCCUGCAUUAUAGGCGACGCGGCUCACGCAACGACUCCUUGGCAAGGUUAUGGACUCGGCCUGGCUCUUGAGGACGCUGUGAUUCUCAGCGCUCUACUAGCUGAGACCUCGUCUCGUAGAGAUAUUAAUGCUACCUUCCAGGCAUAUGAUGCCGUAAGGAGGUCCAGAUGCCAGAUGCUUAUUGAUUCGAGCAGGGGUACUGGACAAAUUCUAUGCGGACAGGAUUGUUAUGCGGGCCUGGAGCCUGGGAGAUUGAAGGGGGCACUAGCUCCUCGGUGGGAUUUUAUACAUGCUCUAGAUAUCGAGGCCUACAAACGAAACGCUUUGGAUGUACUGAAAGAAUCGCAGCACCGAUGA